AUGAAGAGGCCCGGAAGGUGGACAUCGGCGGUGAAUGAAAGAGAUCUGGCUGAAUUUCACGGUAAGAAGUUAACCAGGUACCUGGAUCCUAGCGCUCAUAGGAAGAUCAACUUUAAAGAGACUUUGCACCACUUUGGGUGUUUGCCAUUAAAGAACGGUGAGGCCAAGCUGGGCCCUCCCGUUAUCAUGCAGCACGGGUCCUACCCAGAAAGCAGCGCGGUAUGUGCUGGGCAGACUCCUCAGAAGAAUCGGCAGCUGUAUAACAGUGAGCUGCUGGACAUCUACUGUUCUCAGUGCUGCAGGAAAGUGAAUCUACUCAACGACCUGGAGGCUGUGCCGAAACCUCAAGGCCAACAGUUCACACAGCUCCAUGGCUCCCACCGUUGCCCAAGUGGGCCACAGGUGUGCCAAGGGGGCGCCUACGAAUAUGACCAAAGCCCUAAUCGAAGAUUUCCAGCACAGCAUUUGGACGUCAGCUGUUCCAAGGCCAACCACAGCGUGUUUGGGUCCAGUCAGGGCAGCAGCACAGAGGAUCUGUUCACAGACAGCAUCGACUCCUGCGACCUCGACAUCACAGAGAAAGUCAGUUAUCUGGAGAAGAAGGUGACGGAGUUGGAAAGCGACAGUCUGGCCAACGGUGACCUCAAGUCUAAACUCAAACAGGAGAACACGCAACUUGUUCACAGGGUGCAUGAGCUGGAGGAGCAGGUGAAGGAUGCCGAGGCCAGGGCAGAUCAGAGUCUGGAAGAGGAGACCAAGAGGCACCGGGAGGCUUACAGCAAGCUGGACAGGGACCGAAACAUGGAGAUAGACCUGCUCUGUAACAGGAUACAGCUGUUAGAAGAAGAGAAUGGAGAGAUGAAGUUGAAUGUGUGCAGACUCAAGUCGCAGACUGAGAAACUGGACCAGGAGAAGCAGAGGAUGACAGACAAGCUGGAGGACACCGGUCUGAGGCUGAAAGAUGAGAUGGACCUCUACAGGAAGAUAAUGGACAAGCUCUGGCAUAACCGCCAUGAGUUUCAGAAGGAAAAGGAGGCCAUGCAGGAGUUGAUUGAUGAUCUCCGCCGGGAGCUGGAGUAUCUGCAGAUGUUUAAGCUGGAGAUGGAGCAUCCAGGACAGGGCAAGGGCCUGUCGGAGUACAACAGCAGGACCAGAGAGAUCGAGAUGGAACAUGAAGUCAAGAGACUGAAACAGGAGAACUAUAAGCUGCGGGAUCAGAACGACGACCUGAACGCUCAAAUUCUCAGCCUGAGUCUGUACGAGGCGAAGAACCUGUUUGCCUGUCAUACCAAGGCCCAGUGCCUGGCGGCGGAGAUCGACAACGCCUCCAGGGAUGAGCUGGUCGACGCUUUGAAGGAGCAGGAGGAGAUCAACCUGCGUCUGAGGCAGUACAUGGACAAAAUCAUUCUGGCCAUUCUCGACCAUAACCCCUCCAUCCUGGAGAUCAAGAGUUAAACGCCACACACACACACACACACACACACACUCACACCCUUGUAUUACUGUAGUUGUGGGGAUCUUCCAUUAGCCCCUACCUUAAAGUUAUACUCCUUGUGAUUUUAGUCCUGGUUGAUUUGGCGACCCGCGUGGUUUCUGGAGGGAAACCGAGGGCAGGAAUGCAGCAGAAGAGCAGCGGGUGCAUUCGUUCGCAGUGCAGCCAAAUAAACCCGUGUUGUUUUUUCUCAGAGAGGAUUACCACGUCGUGUUCUGUAGAUGCAUUUUUGCUGUAUGAUCGCAGUUAGAGCUAACCUGCGUUUUGUGACUUCUGAGAGUGAAAGUGAACUAGCAGCAUCAGGUAAUGUUGGCUUAGCAUUAGCAGUAACAACUGGAUUACGUGCUGCAUCCUCUCCUGUCAAUCCCUCGUGUGUGUGUGUGUAUGUGUGUGUAUGUGUGUGUAUGUGUGUGUAUGUGUGUAUGUGUGUAGGCAAUCUGAAUCCAGCAAGGGAAUGGCGGACUCCGCCACUAACAAUAAAAAAAUAAAAAAAGUGCGAGAGAGAGAUACUGUAAUUGCUGAAAAAAAUGCUGGUAUCAAAAACAGGGUUUGAUUUAAUGAAAAUCUCAAGGAUUAUAACUUUAAACUGAAAUUCUGAAUGUCCUAAAUGUUCUCACUACUUGUGACUUGUGACUGGAACUGUUGCUAACAAAUGUAGUUGCACGCACCCACCCACGCACAAACAAACACACACACACACACACACACACAGUGGAUGGUCUUCAUAUCCACUCGAACCAAAUGCUUAUUUAUGAAUCGAUCUGUCAAUCACUGUAGAACUGCUGUGCCAUGUUUAAUCUGUAUACCAACAUUUUAUAACUCUAGAUUUAAAACGACUGAAAUGUGGGGAUUGGUAUAUAUUUGGGAAUACAUAAAAACAUAUUUUGGUAUUUUCAUGUAGACGCAGUACUAAUUGUUCUACAGUUACUGAUUUAUAGCUGGGCUGUCUCUCACUGGGGCGGGGGCUCAGACUGAAACAGAGGCUAGAUUUAAGGAGUGUAGGACAUACAACAACUAGCAACAUAAAGGACCAUACCAGUGUUUUGCAUGUUUUCUACAAACCAGUUGCCAAAGCAGUCCAUAAUGUUUGAUGGUAUUUUUACCGUCUACCAGGUAACCUUCAUUUCAGGCGGUACGAAAAUCUAUUUGUGGAGACUUGAAAUAAGCUUGAGUUCAGUUUUCAUGUGAACUUCAUGUUAGUUUUAUCGUUCAUCAUAAUAUUGAGCGGCAGUGCUGAGCAGAACCUGCCAGUAUCUGCCAUUGCAAAUGCAAGUUGAUUUUCAUACAGUAUGGGAAUGAAUGGAAACCAGUGGAAGCUUCAAAGGAGGAUCACUUAGCGGAAUAGUUUCAAAAUUUGGGGAAUUCCGCGUAUUUACUGUCUUUCCGAGAGUGAGAUGAGAAGAUUGACAUCCGUCUAAUGUCUGUGUGUUCAGUACAUGGUUAGCUUAGCUUAGCUUAGCAUAAAGACUAAAAAAGCUGGGAAACGGCUAGCUUGGUUAUGUCAAAUGUUCGGAUCUCUAAUUAACUGGUUGUAUGUAGUUUGUUUAAACAAAAGUUUGUCGUUUUAGAGGGAGUUAUGAUUUGGAAGUAUUUGACGAAUAGAUGUUGAACUAUUUCAAAAAAAAAAAAAAAUCUGUAAAAUGGUCAAAAUUAAUGUUUAGUAUUUGUGUAAAUGUAGUGAUUGGCUA